GAUCCAGCCCCCGGGUCGACUCCCCGCGACCGCCAGGAUGCCGGAGGCCGAGAGCUCCUGCCAGGACGCCCCGCGCAGGAAGAAGCCGCCGGUGCGCCGCACGGUCAGCCAGAUCUGCCCGCCCCCGCGGCGGCCCCUGGCGGUGGCCGACAUCCGGCCCGGCAUGGAGAACGAGAGGCUGGGGGUCGUGCGGGAUUCCAUGUUUCAGAACCCGCUCAUCGUCAAGGCUGAGCUCGGGAAGCCCCGGGAAAGAAGCUGCAGCCUCCCCGGAAUUGAUUUUAAUUACGGACUCUACAUCCGGGGGCUGGACGGAGGGGUCCCCGAAGCCAUCGGCCACUGGCACGUGUUCAAGCAGCAGCCCACCUGUGCCCAGGAGCUGACCCGGAACUACAUCGCCAUGAACCGCGGGGCGGUGAAGACGGGCCUGGUGACGGCGCGGGAGAACCUGCUGUACCGGCAGGUCAACGACGUCCGCGUCAGCAACAAGGACGAGCGGCGCCUCCGGGACCCGCCCUCCCUGCCUCCAAAUAUGACCUUUGGGAUCCGCGCACGGCCAUCCACCCCCUUGUUCGACCUGCUGCAGCACCGGUAUCAGCAGCUAUGGAUUCAGGAGCAAAAGGCCGCCCAGAAAGCCAUCAAACUGGAGAAAAAGCACAAGGUGACCCUGGGGAAGCUUUAUGAGACGCGGAGCAGCCAGCUGAGGAAGUACAAGCCGCCUGUGAAGCUGGACUCGCUCUGGCAAAUGCCUCACUUCCAGAAGGUGGCCCCCCAUCUGGACACCUUCCCCACCGAGGCUGACCGCCAGCGAGCUUUCAAAGCCCACAGGGAAGAGUGUGCCGUGCGCCAGGGGACUCUGCGGAUGGGCAACUACACCCACCCCUAAAGCCUCCUUGACACAGUAGAAAGUUCCAGAAGGCCUCACCUUUCUUGCCCCAACUCACAUAAGACACUCUCCUAUUUUUACGUGGGUUCUGCUCCUGCAAGGCCCUCAGAUUCGGGCUUUACGUUAGUUAUUUUUGCUGAGUCCCCUUUUUAGAUUAGCCAACACUAGCUUUCCUUCGCCCAGCGCCCCUCUCCCCAGGGAUGCCCCCUCCUCUGGCAGGCUGCCUGCCCUCUCCUCUCAAGCUCUCACCCCGUGAGAUAAACUCAGAUUACCAGGCAGACUUUAGAUUCUGGGGCCAAGGAAUCUGAGGCUCUGCCCAGGAAGCAUCAGGAACAGCCCGUGUGUUUCCUGCAGAAUCGUGACAGUGACAUCCUCUGAGAGCCCUCGUUUAUAUUCCAAACAUGAGUUUCAAUCAUUCUUUUCGGGAGGCCUGAGUCUCACCACGGCAGCAGUGGCGCUGGGGCCUGCGGUCCCCUGGCCGCCCUGGCCGUCAGGCCACCACGGGCUCCUCCACCAACACUGACCUUGGCAGGUCAACCCUCGGGGGGAGAGCCUUCGGGCGAGCGCGGGCUGGGAGCGCAGGGGCCCAGGAAAUUCCCAGCCAAACCCUGGGCAGCUCUUCCCUCGCUCCCUCAACAUGUUAUCUGGCUUCUCCCCUCCAAUGACAUCCUGAUCUAUUUUCAAUUAAAAUGCU